AUGUCCCAUCAAUAUGUCGUUCUCGGCGCCGGUGUCAUCGGCCUCUCCACUGCUCUCGAACUUCGCUCCCGCCAUCCACAAGCGAGCAUCAUCAUCGUCGCCAGAUACCUCCCUGGAGAUCGCGAUGUUUCGUACACAUCUCCUUGGGCAGGAGCGAACUGGCUCUCUGGCGCAACAGACAAUGGUCGACAAGAAGAUUGGGACCGUGUGACAUAUCACCGGUUCAAGGAACUUACUUCCCGUACUGCGGAAGUGGGCAUUUAUUCCAUGCCAAUUACUGCUAUAUACGACAGUAAAAUUGAGGAUGCAAGUGUUUUGAGUGAGACGACUGGAAAGAUUUGGUACGAUGAAUUGGGGGACGGGGCUAAGAUGCUACCGAAAAAUCAACUGCCCGCAGGCGCCAAAUUCGGAUAUGAUUUUAGCACGUUUGUGAUUGAUACUCAGGUUUAUCUUCCUUGGUUGCAAGGAGAAGCAAGGCGACAAGGAAUCGAAAUACGCAGAGGCAUGUUUGACUCUCUUGAUGAGCUGUUCACCUUGUUCCCAACCGCGAGUGCAUACUUCAACUGCUCAGGCUUAGGUGCCUACUCACUGAAAGGCGUCGAGGACAAGAACGUCUACCCCACGAGAGGUCAGAUCAUGCUUGUCGAAAGUCCAAAGACGCCAAUGACACGCAUGUACUUCCGCUCACCGCAACGAGUCAACAAAGACACCACUUACGUCUUCCCUCGUGGCCCGCAUAACGGCGUGGUGCUUGGCGGUAUUCGACUCGACAAUGAUUGGAGUGGAGAAGUCGACAUCGAGCUCGCUGAGGACAUCAAGCAAAGAUGCUGCGCUUUGGCACCUGAACUAGGAAAGCCGGAGGAUCUCAAAGUGUUAUAUCAUGGUGUUGGUUUACGACCAAGUAGAAAAGGAGGUCCAAGACUCGAGAGAGAACAUUUUGGCAAACAUCUGGUCAUCCACAGCUAUGGCGCUGGCGGAGCUGGUUAUCAAGCAUCAUGGGGUAUGGCGAAGGGGGCAGUCGAUCUACUGCAAAAAGACUCUCGUCUAUGA